AUGAAGGUCUUCAUUUUCCUCGUUCUGCUGGCUGUAACUACAUCUUUUGUGUUUAACUUUCUUUACAGCCAAGAAGCUGGAGGAAUUGAAGGGGAAAAGCUUGCAAAAGAUUUGAACCCAGUGUUGCUGAAGAAAGCGGGAAAAAGCGUCGAAACACUCGGCAAGAUUCUGCAAGGUGACAUUUCAUUCAAAUCGGCUGAGGAAAAAGACAGUGUGCUGGAUGCCCUGAAAGCUCUAAGCAUCGCCGGAGAACCAGAGGAAGGCACCGAGGAGUACCUUAUUAUGCUUAUUGUGAAGGCAAUCGCUAUUGGACUCGGCACAGGAAUAUUAUCCGCCGGAGUAAAGCACGUCGUGGAAAAGAACCAAGCCAAGCGUGAAGGCUAAUAAAG